UGGCGGUGCGCUUACUCUGACUCACCAUUAAGACGACGGCGUUUUUACGACGACAGGAAUCUCGCUUAUCCAAAAUUCCCCGAUGAGUCUUGUCCAAAGGCAACAUCCUCAAGCGACAAUACCAGUACAGCCGCCCCAAUUCUCGGCCAAGCUCGUGCGUCUUUGCCGGCGACGGAUUCUUCGCCUCCCUCCGGUUUCUGCUCAGAGAAUUUUCAGGCAGGUUGCUAGGAUGUCUGUGACUGAAAAGCCUGGAAUUUCAAUUCAAUCCAUGGUGAUAAAGCCUCCUUCACAUCCUACCUAUGAUUUGCAAGGUGUUAUCAAGUUAGCCCUCGCUGAAGAUGCGGGUGAUCGAGGUGAUGUGACGUCUCUGGCCACGAUUCCGCAGGAUGCCGAAGUCGAAGCCCAUUUCUUAGCGAAGGAGGAUGGUGUUGUUGCUGGCAUUGCACUCGCGGAGAUGGUGUUUCAUGAAGUUGAUCCUUCUCUAAAGGUGGAGUGGUCGCGGAAAGAUGGAGACUCUAUUCAAAAGGGCCUAAAGUUCGGAAAAGUCUAUGGAACGGCAUACAGCAUUAUUGUAGCUGAAAGAGUAGCUCUAAAUUUCAUACAGAGGAUGAGUGGAAUAGCAACUCUAACUAAGGCAAUGGCCAAUGCUGCCCAUCCUGCACUUAUCUUAGAGACAAGAAAAACUGCUCCAGGUUUACGUCUGGUGGAUAAGUGGGCGGUUCUUAUUGGUGGAGGGCGGAAUCAUAGAAUGGGUUUAUUUGAUAUGGUAUUAAUAAAAGAUAAUCAUAUAUCAGCUGCUGGUGGUGUCACAAAUGCUGUAAGAGCUGUAUACAUGUAUCUAGAGAAAAACAAUCUUAAAAUGGAGGUUGAGGUUGAAACUAGAACUCUAGACGAAGUACACGAGGUGUUAAAUUAUGCAUCCCAAACAAAGACUUCUUUGACCAGAAUAAUGUUGGAUAAUAUGGUUGUGCCACUCCCAAAUGGAGAUGUUGACGUAUCCAUGCUUAAAGAGGCUGUGAAACUGAUUAAUGGGAGAUUUGAGACUGAGGCUUCUGGCAAUGUUACUCUGGAAACGGUGCAUAGAAUUGGAGGCACAGGGGUGACCUACAUUUCUAGUGGAGCACUAACACAUUCUGUGAAAGCUCUUGACAUCUCCCUCAAGAUCGACACAGAGCUGGCUCUUCAAGUCGGAAGACGCACCAAAAGAGCGUAACCAUUCUUCAACCAACCGUUCUGCUUAAGUUGUACACCGAUUGGUAUGCGAAAAAUCCCAUAUCUUAGCUGGUCAAAUAAAUUGGUGUCUAAACUCAGCCCACAUGGUGACCAGAUAGUUACUUGAACGAACUGUUCAAUAAUGUAUUACAAAAGCUCAUUGAUGAAAAAGAACUCUUUAUAAAGGCGGCAGAUACAGGACAAGUCCUUUUGUUGAUAAUUAGUGGAAUACAGGUAUACCAGAAUGGCCUCACUACAUGUGACCUCUUUGCAUUGAA